UCACCAACCUAGCUUCUUGGUACAGGGCGGAAGAUUAGAUCGAACCUUUUUGUGUUGAAACUUUUGUUCCUCACUCAAAACAACCAAUGCAUGACAUCUACAACCAACUCAAACACUUGGUAAAUUACUUUCCCCCUUCACCAAUCUUCUCCACUCUUCCUUCACUAGUCAAAGCAUGCUCUUGUCUACAUGCCAUCCACUUGGGCCUCCAGCUUCAUUGCUUUGCCAUCAAGUCUGGUUACGAUUCAAAUACUGUCAUAUCCAAUUCUCUCAUAUCUAUGUAUUGUAAAUUCAAUCAUCCCGAUCUGGCGCACAAACUGUUUGUCACAAUGCCCGAAAGAGAUACAGUUUCAUAUUCUUCCUUGAUAAAUUACUAUACUCGAAGUGUGUGUCUCUUCAAAGCAUCGCAAAUGAUUCAUGAAAUGUACUCGCUUCGUUUUGUACCAAAACCAGAGAUGAUUGCUGGUGUUUUAUCCCUCUGUGCACGUAACCAGGAGAGCAGACUAGGAAGAGCACUUCAUGGUCUAGUUGUUCUUGAUGAGAGGAUCCCCCAAUCCGUUUUCUUGUCAACAGCUCUGGUUGACAUGUACUUCAAGUGUCAUGACUCGUCCACGGCAUUACGUGUUUUUUAUCACAUGGAGGUGAAAAAUGAGGUGUCUUGGACAGCCGUAAUAGCAGGCUGUACUGCGGAUCGUCGGUACUCAAUGGCGAUUGAUUGCUUUCUAGCAAUGCGGAGUGAAGGGCUUACGCCUAACCGGGUAACUUUGCUCACUGUGUUGCCAGCCUGUGCGGAAUCUAGCUGUUGUAAGCGAGGGAAAGAGAUUCAUGGGUAUGUUUUUCGACGUGGGUUGUUCUCGGAUCAGCACUUGUCAGCUGCUCUUAUCAGCAUGUAUUGCAGAGUAGGGAAGACACUGCGUCCUGCUAGGCUAGUCUUUGAGAGAUCAGAAACCAAAGAUGUUGUGGUGUGGAGUUCAAUGAUUGGAAGCUAUGCUGCACGAGGGCAUUGCAAUGAAGCAAUGACGCUUUUCAAUCAAAUGCGAGUUAAAGGAAUUCAACCCAACUCUGUAACAUUGUUAGCACUGAUAUCUCUCUGCACUACCCUAUCUUCAACCAAUCAUGGAUGUGGAGUCCACAACUAUAUUCUGAAAUCUGGCUUAAAUUUUAACACUUUCAUAGGAAAUGCACUAAUAGAUAUGUAUUCCAAAUGCGGUUGUCUGGUGGCUUCCAAUAAAAUCUUCGAAGAAAUGUCUGUUCAAGAUCCUGUGUCAUGGAGCUCAUUGAUUAGUGCUUAUGGCCUGCAUGGUUAUGGGAAAAGAGCUUUGGGAAUCUUUUAUUCGAUGCAAGACAGAAAAAUAGAAGUGGAUGCUAUAACAUUGCUGGCAGUUCUAUCAGCUUGCAACUACUCUAGUCUACUAGAGGAGGGACAAAUGAUAUUUAAUCAUGCUUUAAAAGACCAGAGGAUGCAAGUUAAUGUAGAUCAUUAUGCAUGCUAUAUAGAUCUUCUUGGUAAGUCUGGGAAGAUAGAAGAAGCAUGUGAUGUUCUGAGGAAAUUGCCCAUGAAGACAACCGGAAAAAUUUGGAGCUCUCUGGUAUGGGCUUGUAAAGCUCAUGGAAGGUUGGACCUAGCAAAGACACUAGCAAAUGAACUUAUCAAAUCAGAACCAGAUAAUGCUGCCAACUAUACCUUACUGAGCAUGAUCCAUGCUGAUUCUGAUAAUUGGCUCGCCGUAGAAGAGGUGAGGAAUGUCAUGAGAAUUCAAGGAUUAAAUAAAUGUUACAGCUUCAGCAGAAUUGAACUGCCAAGUGAGAGUUUGUAGCAGAAGAAAAUUGCAACGCAAACAACAAAGAUUUUGUCAAAGGAUGCUGUUUGAAGUGCAAGUCUCCCAACUAUUGCCUUCAAAAACUCUCCGCAACAAAUAGAAGUUGCAUUGCGAAGAUCCAGGGUGAUCCUUGCUCAAUUAAAAGAGGAGUUCAUGCCAUUGCAGUAGAAUCCGCAGCCUUCCUUUUGUAGUUUCAUUACAGAUUUACAUAUAAUGAUUUUGAUUAUUAGGGUUCUUUAAUAAAUUAGUUUAUGCUACGUA